GGUCUGACGCAGAGCCAGUGUGGAAGCUCCAAGACCCUGGUUUUGACCAGGGCUACGGUUCAGAAAGAUCUCCUGAAGAAGACGUACCAGCCAUCGUGCCGCCGAUAUCUAUCGAACAGUAUGAAGCUGAGCUGCGAACUGUUUAUCCCUUUAUUACUGAUGAAAACACCUUCACCGUUGUCGUAGAGAAGGAUGGGCGCGGUUUGGGUAUGUCAGUAUGCGGUGGCGGAGGUCUCGUCAGAAUACGCAGACUGUACCCACCUCAGCCAGCCUGGAGGACUGGCCGACUGGCUCCCAAAGACCUACUACUCUCUGCAAAUGGCGUGCCACUUGCAGGACUUAGCACCUACGAGGCACUAGAAGUGCUGCGCACAGCAUCAGCCCGAGUGGAACUUCGUGUCUGCCGACCUCCAGCCGAUAUGCUCGAGAGCAUAACACCUCCCGACCCCCCCACACCCCCAGUGAGGACGCCUCAUCCCCCACAUCUGCCACUGGACCCACUCAACUGCCAUCCCUUACACGCCAGAUUAUCACAAACGACAAGCAGUGCUACAACGUCGUCAUCCGAAGGUCGAGGUCGCCGUGACGCCAGUCCUGAUAAUGAAAGAAGAGUCCAGGACCUACAUCUGCCGGAUUUGGACCAACAUCUACCAGUUUAUGAUAUACAAUAUGGGGAAUUCGAUAUAGUGAUGACAAAAGUGAAUGGAUCUUUGGGAUUUACACUAAGAAAAGAAGAUCACAGCGCACUGGGGCAUUACGUGAGAGCGUUAGUUCGAGAGCCAGCUUUGAGUGACGGAAGAAUACAGCCAGGGGAUAGAAUUGUCGCUGUCAACAACACACCGAUGUCAAACAUGUCUCACUCGGAGGCAGUGUCUUUCUUGCGUGCGUGCGGGUCGGAGGUGCGCCUGCGACUGUAUCGCGACCACGCAGCGACCCCCCUCUCACCCGUUUCCCCCAAGGACAUACUUACAGACUCCGACGCACCGCUGAACAGACCUAAACCUCCAUUGAGGGCUGAAGCAGUAUCAAUGCUAUGCGACCUGGCAGCAAGAAGACUGACUCCAGACGCGGGCGAUGGUUCACGAUCCCCUUGCCUCUCCCCUCGCAAACAUCGAAGACUCACCAAAGACAACCACUACGAACAGCCCAAUGUAUCAAAUUUCGCUACGCUAGAGACACACACAAAACGAGAGAGCUGCAAACGUUCAGACACCGAACGUACAGCUGUAGAGAGAGGGUUGGUCUUAGAACGAUCUGCAUCCACAACAACGGAGAUGCCUGUAGAUAAUAAAACACGCUAUGAAGAACCGAGGCGGCGUAUAGCACUCGCCAGUCCCACAGCUCCGCCGACUUGUAGAAAACAAAAGCUAAGCCUGACAGUACCCCCUCAUGGCUACGAACUAAAUAAUUUAGACAACGACCAAUUGGACGCACCGAAUUUGUACCAGGAGAAUAUAACACUACAGCGGUUCACUGAACCUGCAUUCCCGGUUGAUUCCGAUGAGCCAGUGUCAAUGCCAGCUGAACUGUCUAGUGAUGAAAGAUUUAAACACUCAAGCCCUGCUUAUCAGAGCGCUGUACUCCAUACCACAACUACUGAAAGUACCUCCGAUGGAAAUAAAGAUGACGGUAAUGGCUUAAAAAAAUGGAAGGGAGUUGCCUUGUCCCCUGAUAAUGAGAGGAAGGCCAAGCCACCUACAUCGGAAAUUCCCCCUAAGCCUAUGGAGGCUAAAGAAAUUGAAACCGUCCAGAAAGAAAACGUCAAACCUGAUGAACCGGUGGAAGCAACAAGCACAGAACCCACGAUAGUGACAGUGGAACUGAACCGCGGCUGGAAUAGUCGUUUGGGAUUCAGCGUCCAAAGCCAUCCGGAAUCGGGCCAGAGUUAUAUCUCCGCGGUUUACAACGACAGCGUCGCCGCCAGAGAUGGGAGGCUGCGGCGGGGAGAUGUUAUAUUACAGGUGAACGAUGAGAACGUAACUUCAAUGAAGACACCUGAAGUCAUAGAUUUACUACGAAUAUUGCGCGGUUCCAUCUGCAUAACGGUACUACGGCCAGCUAAUAUCUGA